UUAAAAAUGUUUCGCUUGAAUGAUAGUGCACCGUGCUGUUACUGUUGUGGUUGAGAUAUGUAAGCACAAUAGUAGGCCCUAUACUUUGUCCUAGUAGAACUUGUCUAACAAUGUGUAAAGGUGUGUAUGUGUGUCCCAGACAAAUAUUGGCACUUAAAACAGAAUUUUGGACACACUUGUGAACUCUCUCACUACAUUGACGAGCAGACGUGGCCACUGCCGAACUAUUUUCGAUGUUUGUGUUCACUAAGUUAUGAUAACUCCGCCAAAAAAAAAAAGUACACAGUUAAGGAAAAAGAUCUUUUUGUACGAGAAGACAUCUUUCUACAUUUAAAAAGAACAUACAUUUGGACUUUCCUUAUGAAGCCAAUACAGCAGAAUGUUGAUCUCCGUACAACUUGGUUCGCUGCUGUUCGCUCUGGGGAUGUCAACAAAGUCUUGCUGAUGCUUACGUCUGGGACAGACAUUGAUACAACCAAUGACGACGGACAGACUGCUAUUAUAAAUGCAGUCUCGCGUUGCCACGAUACACUAUUGGAAGCACUUAUUUACAAAGGGGCGGAUAUCAACAAGAAGAGUCUCAGGGGCGUGGCCGCCAUACAUCUUGCUGCUGAACAUGGAUUUGAACAAAUUGCGAUGAAACUGAUAAAACACGGAUGUGAUAUCAAUGUCAGGGAUACAAAUGGAGAUACGCCUCUGUUGGUAGCUACCAGAAAUGGCCAUCUUGGAGUCAUGCAAAUGUUACAUUCUGCAAGGGCGGAUUUAGACUGUACCUCUAUAGAUGGUUCCACGCCCUUGACAGUAGCUACUGAAUUUGAACACGUUGAUAUGGUAAAAUUUCUUGUGAAAAAUGGUAGCAAAGUCAAUGCUCGUAGAGUCGAUGGGAGGACAGCAUUGCUGCUGGCCACAGAAAAACGCAACUGCCCCAUUGCAGAAGUACUCUGUCGACACUCUGCUGAUGUGAACGCAGUCGGGGAAUUCGGAUUCACGCCCAUCUUUGUAGCCACAUUGAAUAACGACAUUCCUAUGACGGAACUUUUUCUACGCCAGGGAUGUGAUACCGAGGUCAAAGACAUUAAGGGCUCCACGGUGUUGAUGUCUGCCUCUUUUCGUGGCGUGCUGGACGCUGUCCGAGUCUUAUGCGGCAAUCACGUGACUGUGAAUAUGCAAAACGCACUAAACGGACGCACAGCUUUGCAUUUCGCCGUGAUCAAAGACCACAUUGAUGUCAUUCGUUGUCUCAUUGACGCCAAGGCUUGUCCGAAUGUCAUAGACAGAACAAACAGGACGCCUUUAAACUAUGCUCACUCGAAGAGAGUUAAGGAUUAUCUAACCAACCAGGGAGCGUACUUGAGCCAAGACUCUUGGUAUUCAUCUGAAGACAGUGCUCCAAACCAGUCUUUGAGACAGUCUUCGAUUCAUUCUCAAAGACUCUCAUUAAAUUCCUUAAUCUCCUGUACCAGCAGGUUCUCUAAAGUGACCAUAGGCGCCAGCUCCAUCACAAAUUUUGAAACGGUUGUAGAAGCUGAAAGUAACUCUAACGAGAAGGUUUACAGUCACGUGAAGACCACUUUUACUGAAGCGGAGCCAGCGACUGUGGUACUGAGACACCCAAAGCUAGGUGAAGCAGCCAAACUAGAAGAGUCAGAAGCAACGAUGCCACCUUUACAGACUGAGGACCUGCCCAGACAGAGAAAGACUCUGGAGGCUGUAGUAGUGGACAGGCAAAGACUUAGUGGCUAUUUACAGCGCUGUGCACAGCAUUACCUGGACAAUCACGUGGCUGGGGUCAGUCGAUCGACGGCAAGUAACUACUUGGAAGUUGAUCAAAGCAGAAAUGGAAGAAUCAACUACAUCAACCAGAAUAUCAACAUUGUUAUUGAGAACGCCACCUAUGUUCAGACAGGGGACAGAAGUCGUGUUAUUGUGAGAGACAGUCACAGAGAGAGUGUUAUCACUGGAUAUGAAGAGGGGACAAUCCGACUUUUCCAUCGAGAUGCAUUUAAUGGCGAGAGUUAAGGGACUUGAGUCGAAACACUCAAUCACACCUUUAUUAUAGAGCUAUUAUAAUAUAGCCCACAAAUCGAGUUUAGAGUGAUCUCGCAGUACAGUUUAGAUGUUGACAUAUUCAGCUUGAUCACUGUAAAUAAAUUUCCCCUUUCAGACCUUGCGAUCUAUAGGGCAGAUGAUGUAAAGGUCUUCCGAUACUGUGGCCCACGACUAACGAGGGUGUCAUGUGGUCAGCACAACAACCAACAGCCUUUACUUUCCCCAACUAAUGUCAGGUACCCAUUAGAGCUGGGUGGACUCAGAGGCGCCCAAAGAUUCCGGAAUUAAAAAUCCAAGGAUUCAAACCCGGGAUCUUGGUUCGGAAGCCAAGCGUUUGACCGCUAAGCCACCGCGCCUCCUGAUCACUGUAGAAAUCAGAGGCGGCCUUAGCAGUGUACGGGCUCUGGGCGGGUGUCAUAUCAGGGCCAAGAAUAAUAUUACGAUGGGCUGACGGGGACAUACGAUUCUUUAUCGCGGGUACCUCUAAGGUGCGGAUCGAGGAUCGGUUGUAGGCCUACCACUCGCCAUCCCCUAAGGCCGCGUCUAAGUCUGUAGAUAUGUAGAUUGAGUUGUGAAGUCAAAACCUAUCAAGGUCUAAGCGUAACCAAAAUCAAAACACAAAGCCGUCUUCUGUCCUUCAAAGCUGCAAGAGCUAGAUUUCCUGUACGGACCGUUAGCCUCUUUUAGAGAUUUUCACCAAUGGCGGAAAAACUACCAAUAGCAAGCUUUCUUGGUGUAUCGGGUGCACAAAAUCAAGUAUCGAUACCUAUGUUUUUCCAACGCUUAAAUCCUAUCACUCUGUAUGUUUCAUGUACAUUGAAUUUUUGGUAUCGAUUUUUUGACCACUUCUACUCAUAAUAAUAAUAUUUAUUGCUUUUAUAAAGCGUUACUUUCAUGCUUAUAGAAUGCUCAGAGCGCUUCGGUCCAAUCUCAUUUGUGGAUCAGUGGGAGAAGGUUUUCCGUGCUUCUUGUAGGUGCUCAGUAAACACAACUCUGCCCGAGUCGGGUUUCAAACCUCGAGCCCCCUUCAUAGGUAGCCAGGACAAGUCAGGUUCAGGCUUACUUAGCCUCUCGACCACGCUUCAUACAAUCAUCAUUAAAUUUUAAUUACGAUAUCAUGCUCAAUGACAACACACGAAUCAAUAAAAAAAAUCAAACCAAUAAGUUAUCGUUCAAAUUCAUUACUUUUGUUUUUAUGUAGAAAAUAGACAAAGCUACGGAGGUACAAAUAGUGGGUGGUAUGCAUACACUACAUACCUGUUUUAAUUCUCAAACAUAUGUCGUAAGUCUGACACACAUAUGUUCAAUCUGUAGGUUCCACAUUCAUAUAUUCACUUUCAAUAGUCAAUGAUUCUGUUUGUAUUAUGCUUUGUAAUCAAGUCAAUGAUUCUGCUGGUUUUGUGCUCUGUAAUCAAGUCAAUGAUUCUGCUGGUUUUGUGCUCUGUAAUCAAGUCAAUGAUUCUGCUGGUUUUGUGCUCUGUAAUCAAGUCAAUGAUUCUGCUGGUUUUGUGCUCUGUAAUCAAGUCAAUGAUUCUGCUGGUUUUGUGCUCUGUAAUCAAGUCAAUGAUUCUGCUGGUUUUGUGCUCUGUAAUCAAGUCAAUGAUUCUGCUGGUUUUGUGCUCUGUAAUCAAGUCAAUGAUUCUGCUGGUUUUGUGCUCUGUAAUCAGGUCAAUGAUUCUGCUGGUUUUGUGCUCUGUAAUCAAGUCAAUGAUUCUGCUGGUUUUGUGCUCUGUAAUCAAGUCAAUGAUUCUGCUGGUUUUGUGCUCUGUAAUCAAGUCAAUGAUUCUACUUAAAUUAUGCUAUGUAAACUGUUAUUUUGUUUUCCACUACGCCCUUCUUUGACCUUUGAUGACUACCCCAUCCUUCUUUUCCAAACUAGAAGUACGUGACGUCAUACCAUCACAAGCGAUCGACACAAGAAGUUGUCCAUAUCAUGAAACGAUAGAAAAUGUCAUUUGCUUUUCUUGUAUCGUUACUUUAUACUCUGGUUUUCAUACACUAUAAGUCUAUGGCUAAGACUAAGACUGCUUUAUUGAACCUUACGGAAAUUUGUUGUGAUUACAAGGACUCUUUUCUCAUAUAAAGACAACACAGCAGAAAAAUACACAUAAAUACAACAGACACAACAUAAAGAGUUCAUUCAGCGACUACACACAGGCAUCUUGGUGCAUUUCAUGUUCCCUGAUCAAAAUGAGUGGGGUACGAACGAGUUUUUGUAUCGCUCUGUUCUUGUUUUGAUUGACAGCAGUCGCCCGCUUCGCGACGACCUGACAUAGUUCUAAGGGUUCAUAGCAAGCUGGAGGCAUUUAAGUAAAAUUCCCAUUUCAGAACUUGCUAUGUAAAGGGCAAAUGAUGUCAAGGUCAUCUGUUUCUUUGACCAACGGUUAAAGAACAAGGUGUUCUGUGGCUAGCACAACGACCAACCACCCUUACUUUCCCCAACUUAAGUCAGGUACAUUGGAUGGACUCAUGGGCGCCCUAAAAAUUCUAGUCUUCAACGAGAUUCGAACCCAGGAGCCGAGGUUCGGAAGCCCAGUGCUUAACCACUCAUCCCCCGCGCCACCGCGUGUAUUUAAAGUAUUUGCUUUAACUGUAUGCUAUCUGUUUGUGAAAGGUUAAGCUGCUCCUUAUGCAAUCUUCUAUGCACUUAUCUCCACUUAAUAUAGAGGUUAGUAUAAAACAUGAUUCUAGAUUUGUUUAAAUUGAGAUAUGAUGUCAAGAAACUUUUAUCAGUAAUAAGAGGAGAUAAUUAGGCGAACCGGCUUUUGGAGUAAAGAAAUAUACGAGUUAUCUAACUUGCACCAACACUUACGUAAACAAAAGUGUCAUCUAGUUUUAUUUCUUUAGGGCUGAAGAAAAAAUCAAUAAUUGUGCUUUCUUAAGUUAAUGGCCGAAGACAGUGGCGUAGCUAGGGUAGGGGAGGAGGGGGGAUAAUUUGAAAAAUCCCCCCCACGGGUCCCCACUUGAGAGGGGCCCCCAAAUUAGUGGGUUUUUUUUACAUUAAAAAUGAAAUAUUACCAAAAUGCAGGGGCCCCCAAAGAGAUCUAACUCACCGGGCCCCCAAACGAUGGAAAAUUCCUAGCUACGCCCCUGGUUGAAGAGGCGGAAUAUAUAGGUGCUGGUGGUGUUGGAGGUCUAUAGCUAACAGUAUGUUUCCCUAAAGUAAAAAUUAAGAAAAAAAAAGAGUUUUAUGUUAAAAUCUGAGGCGAAUCUCUCAAGACGAUAUCAGACAUCUUUUCAGUGGAAACACUUUUAGUUGUAUCAAAAAAGUGAUAAGAAAAAAAAAACAUAUAUCGGAUAAAUGAGAAAAAAAAACAACAUUAACUUUCAGGAGAAUCCCAAGAUGAUUAUCUUCUUAUCUUAUAUAAUACAGACGUUACCUUCAAAAAAGAAGAUGAUUACGUCCUACGCGUCAUGCAUUUAGUCAUGCAAAUUAACCAAUGACUUAAAUUCUGCCAUGUCACUGGUUUUCCAGGCUAGCUGUGAUUGCUGUGUGUCAUAUUAUAAUGUCAUAUUAUCAGAUUUUUAUAAGCUAUUUUACUUUGCAAGACUAUUCCAUAUGCUCCCCACCCCCACCCCCAAGUGUCAUAAAAGCAUGUAACGAAUUGCUUGAGUAAGCCUCCAAUGACUUAGAAGAGAUUUUAGGUCUCUAAAUAGCACGCACAGCUAGAUUAACACAUGGUUAUGUAGUGUGUGUUUCUAUGGUGACGGUGAGAAGAAGUUAGCGAUUGGUUGGUGGCAAUGCAGUGUGAAUGAUGCAAGAUAAGAAGCGCUGUGGUCAGCUGUCUUGGGUAGAGGGGCAGACGACUCCAGAAUGCCAGAGUGAAAAGACGUGUUCUUGUAGUGAAUUAGAUUCUUAUCUUAUCUUAUAUAAUACAGACGUUACUUCAAAAAAGAAGAUGAUUACGUCCUACGCGUCAUGCAUUUAGUCAUGCAUAUUAACCAAUGACUUAAAUUCUGCCAAGUCACUGGUUUUCCUGGCUGGCUCAGGCAACCCAUUCCAUGCUCUAAUAGCGCUAAGGAAGAAGGAGUAUUUGUAUUUGUUUUAUAUAAUUACCGUACUAAUGUGUCUAAAGCCUACUACAUUUUUUUCCGUUUCAAAUUAAAUUCGUAUAUAGUGUAAUAAAGGUUCUGUUUAGUUCACAGAGAGGUUAUUCACGUUAUUUCAAGUUUGACAAGCUAAAUUAUAAUACACACCUACAGCGGUUUAGUUGUCUACCAGCAGUUUGGUGCUACAAGUCAACGACGUCAACAGCACACUUGGACGUAAUUAUCACAUUUUGUUGAAAGAACGUCUGUAAUUUAUAAGAUUUAUAACACACACAUACAAACAGGUGCGCGUGAUUAUAUUUGACUAACACUUAAUGUAAUAGACCUAAAUUGUAAGACGGAACAUUUAUAAAAUGUGCGAAAUGGCGCUGCCCUGUGGCGACAUGCAAUUUGUGCUUUCAUUAAAUAAGAACAAUCUGGUAUAAACUUUGUCACAUGUAAAUUAUGAGUGCGUCUGGUGUGAAUGUACACUUUGGUUUCUUAUAGUUAUAAUGUUUUUUGUUUUUUUGUAAGACGAAUUUCCAUACGGACAAUAAAGAUUAUUAUUAUUAUUA